AUGGUCCUAAAAGUCUUUGAAGAUUUCCAUGAAGAGCAGGAACACGAAGACCCUCCUCUCUCAACAUCCACAAGGACUUUGAAACAAUCCAUCCAACAGUGUGAGUCUCAGCACAACACAGAUCCCAAAUGGUUCAUUCACCCGACACAUUACUCUCUUCUCGAUGAACUCGAAAUCUAUCCUCGAGUUUAUAUUGGUGGACAAUACGAAGCCAAAGACUCGGAAUGGUUUGCUCGUCAUCGGAUCUCUCAUGUCCUGAAUGUGAGUUCUUUACAGAAUACAUUCCAAAAGAAGACACUCUAUUAUCGAGAGGAAGAAGAAGAAGCGAUCUCUCCAAAAACAUCGUCUUUUGAUGUUGAAAACAUCCAUCCCAAUAUAAAAGAAGAUCCAAAAACUCUAGAGAAAACGACAACACUCAAGCAAUCACUUCAUCCUCUUGGAAAACCCAUGACCAUUACGUAUUUGAAAAUCAAUGUGGAUGACUCGACCGAUGUCAAAAUUGCUCGACAUUUCGAUAAAGCCAUCUCGUUUGUUCGAAAGACAUUGGAAGAAAAUUCUCAGAAUAGAGUUCUUAUUCAUUGUAAGGAAGGAAAAUCAAGAUCUGUGACCAUGAUGCUUGCUUUUGGAAUGAACUAUUUCAAUUUAUCCUUAUUGGAAGCUUUUCGUCAUUUUGAAAACAAGACCAACAAUCGAUCACGAAUCAAUUUGGGAUUUCAAUUACAACUCAUGAAUUAUGAAAAAGAGCUUCUCGAGGAGAAGGGAAUUGAAAAUCCAAGAAAUUCUCUCGAUUUUUUGAAUUCCUAUCAAAUGUCCACCUGUCGAAGAGUGUCGCAAGUGACACCAGAAACUGGAACUGCCACCACUAAUAUCCAUUCAACAAGUGUUUCCUCUUCUCCCUCUAAAUUGAAAACAACAACAUGGACUAAAACGAGUGAUCGACAAGCUCUUCGACCAAUUGCUCUCGAGAAUGGAAGACAUCUUCCAUCUUCUCCUUCCUCGCUCACUGUUCAACAACAAGAAACAGAAUUUAGAAGUCCAAUUAAGGCUAUUCGAAAAGUGAAUCCUUCUUCAUUGUCCUCAACCAUGUCCACAUUGACAACCACAUCAUCACCACUUUUAGCCACUCCAUCCCUUCCCAAAUCUCAUCAUUCCACAACACUGAAAACUCCAAAAAACAAACUUCCACCAACUCCUCUUGCCAUUGCGACAAAACUUCAAGAAGGAAAUGCCACGACUCUUAUUGGCGAUGACUACCAUUCAUUGGAAUUCAAGUUUGAUGAAGAAGAAGAUUCUAAAGAGCAAGAUGUGGAAAUCUCAGAUGCCAUGGAGGAACGAGUAUUCAUGACAACUCCUGCGAAAAAACGAAAAUCAGAUCAGCAGGUGAAUGAAUUAAGUAGUGAACGUCGACGUUGGAUGGAACAGAACUUGAUCAAGAAUGAGAAAUCAUCAUUCACAACGACUCAGAAUUCUGUUCAGGAGACAGAUGUCAGUCAAUCAUCCACUCUUUCACAAAUUCCUCACGUUGAGUUGGAAAAUCUUUCUUUUACUUUUUAA